UAGCCAUGGACUCACACGCUGGCUUAGAUGGAGUUCUCCAACCGCAAGUCCUGAAACUGACGUUGAGGACUCUCCCAUCGCCAUUCAUCUCUCUUGUUGUCAUUCCCAUCCUGUCGAUUCUUGGAUGGUAUGUUAUCUCGUGGGCUACGAACCCAUUAAAGAAGUACCCGGGCCCCUUCCUUGCAGGUUUUACCAAUUGGUGGCGACUCUAUCAGACUCGGACUGGCAGAUACCAUGAGAUCGUCUAUGACCUACACAAGAAGUACGGGCCCAUUGUCCGUAUCGGCCCUAACACUCUCGACCUCGAUUACCCCGAGUUGAUCAAGACCAUCUACAGCACUGAUGGCAAAUGGCUCAAGACCGAGUUCUAUCACAACAACAGCGCCAUCGUCAAUGGAAAGAUCACAUACCAUAUCUUCAGCACGACGAGCCCUACUGAACAUGCCAAGAUGAAGCGUCCAGUGGCCAAGUACUACUCGACGAGCUAUGUUCAGGCUCUGGAGCCCCAUGUCGACGCUGUUCUCAACGACUUCUGCAAGUAUGUGGAGGAGCGCUUUAUCAAUGUUCCCGGUGGACCUAAGGAACUUGACUUCGGCGAAUGGCUCGGAUACCACGCUUGGGACCUCAUCAGCUCCGUGACCUUCAGCCGUCGCUUUGGCUACAUGGAGCACGGCAGUGACUUCGAUGGGACCAUUGAGAAAGCCGAGGCCGCCCUUCGCUACUUCCAGACGGUCGGUCAGAUUCCCAUCCUUGACUACUUCCUUGACAAGAACCCCAUCAAGCGUGUCGGACCCCCCAACUUGGUCCACCCUGCUCGCAUCGCCGUCCAGUCCUUCGUUGCUCGCCUGCAGGGCAAGGACGAGAACUAUGACCCCAAAAACCCGGAUUACCUCCAGCAUUUCAUCGACUCCAAGGAGACUCAUCCGGACCUCGUUGAUGACAACCAGAUCAUCAGUGAUGUGCUUGUUAACCUGCUCGCGGGUGCCGACACUACUGCCAUCGCCCUCCGCGCUGUCUUCUACUACAUGCUCAAGAAUCGUUCCGUCUACAACAGAGUGUCCGAGGAGAUCCAAGCCGCUGGUUUUGACCGCUCCAAGCCUGUCCCCUAUUCCGGUGCUCGCCAGCUCCCCUACCUUGAAGCUUGCGUUCGCGAAGCUCUCCGUAUCCACCCUGCUGCUGCCAUGCUUCUUGAGCGCUACGUCCCCGCCGGCGGCAUCACGCUUCCGGACGGCUCUUUUGUUCCUGCCGGUACCGCUGUUGGUCUUAACCCUUGGGUCGUUAGCCGUAACAAAAGCAUCUUUGGCGAGGACUCUGAUACUUUCCGUCCUGAGCGUUGGCUGCAGCAGCCUGGCGAAGAUGAUGAGGCAUUCCAUGUUCGCAUGCAGAAAUGGAACGCGGCGGAUUUGACCUUUGGUAAUGGUUCGCGCAUCUGCACUGGCAGGAACUUUGCCAUGUUCGAGCUGUACAAGGUUUGUGCGACGCUCUUGCACAGAUUCGAGAUUGAGUUGGCAGACCCGACCAAGGAGUGGAAGGUCUGGGGUUCUUGGUUUACCAUCCAGAAGGAUGUGAUUGCCAAGAUGAAGCGCGUCUACGGCAAUGCGAAGGUCAGAAUCGGCAGCAACAAAACGAUUAUUGGCUUGCCCGGCGCAGGGUUCAAUGGUGUUGGCCUUCAUUUUCGCCGGCAGAGCAACCUAAUCCUUCGAAACAUCGUUUCAUCCUUUGUGGAGGCAGACAACGGGGAUGGUUUAACGAUCGAGAAAAGCAGUAAUGUGUGGGUCGACCACUGCGAGUUCUACUCGACUCUGGCUCGCGAUAAGGACUUUUAUGACGGCCUUGUUGAUAUUUCCCAUGGGUCCGAAUGGGUGACAAUCUCUCACGACAACAACGGCUCCGAAGAUACCGGGCACCUCCAUGUGACCUAUGCCAACAACUACUGGAAAGAUUGUGGCUCCCGUGGUCCUUUGAUCCGUUUCGGCACCGCCCACAUUUACAACUCCUACUAUGAGAACGAGUACUCGAAGCAAGUAGGGUAUGCGGUCGAGAUUGACAACGAGUUUGGAGGAGCAAACAACACUGCUCCCACUGGUACCCUGACCGCCAGUUCGCCGCCGUACUCAUAUAGCCUUCUUGGAUCUUCGAAUGUGGCAGCUACCGUACCGAAGGAGGUCGGUGCUAUUCUAAGCUUUUAAGCAAUGAACCGG